CCCACUUUCUGAGCCAGAAGCGGAAUGAAAGACUCGCGCUUCCUCAUUUUUUGUUCUUGGAUUUGAGUGCUUUGUGAAAGCAGACCAGAGAACAUGUUUGUGCUACUGGUUAAUGGUUUUGGGCAUAUAUUCACAGGCUCCCACAAGGCAGUAAUGGAAGCUUUGAGUGGCAAGUGGUGACAUCAACUGUCCAGCAACUGUUCAUUUUGAUAGCAUUUGCAAUUCUGUGCAUCUCAAUUUUCCACUUCUUGGAGAAAGUAGUGCUGGGUACCAACCAGUACUGCCUUGUAAGUCAUUAAAACCAUGGGCAAUGCAGAGAGUCAAAAUGUAGAACAUCAAUUCUAUGGAGAGAAACAUGCCAGCCUGGGACGAAAGCAUACGUCACGCUCACUUCGUCUUUCCAACAAAGCAUCUCGACGGACCAGACAUUCUUCUUCAGGAAAAAUUAUUCACAGGAACUCGGAAGUAAGCACUCGAUCUAGUAGUACUCCCAGUAUCCCUCAGUCAUUAGCUGAAAAUGGAUUGGAGCCUUUUACCCAAGAAGGCAACUUGGAGGAUUUUGGGAGUCCAAUUUGGGUAGACAGAGUGGACAUGGGUUUAAGGCCAGUUUCUUACCAUACAGAUUCUUCUGUCACUCACAGCAUGGAUAGUAGUACUGUUCACAUGGCAGCAUCCAUACAGAGUAUGCCUAAUUCUGAAGAAGGCAGACUUUAUGCUGAUGGAUAUUUGGCUGAAGGAGGUAGCAGGCAACAUCCAUACUCAACAAAUGGGACCACUUUCUUGGAGCCUAUGAGCUUCAAGAAAAAACGUUCAAAAUCUGCAGAUAUCUGGCGAGAGGACAGCUUGGAAUUUUCACUUUCUGAUCUCAGUCAAGAACACUUAACAAGCAAUGAAGAAAUCUUGUGCUCUGCUGAGGAAAAGGAUGGUGAAGAGAAUCGAGGAAGAGAGGCCAGCAAUAGUCAUCAACAGUUGGUUACCUGCCAGCGUGCCAAUUCCAUGAGUGAUUUGUAUUCUCCCCAAAACACAGCUGCUACAGCAAAUGGUGGCCCACGAGGGUACUGUCAGAAUUUAGUCUCUCGUAGCCCAAACAUUGGGAACCACAAAACUUCACCUACCACAAUGGAGAAUGUUCCUUCUUAUAGUAAUUAUAACACGCUCCCCUGCAGGAAAUCUCAUUGUCUAUCUGAAGGGAUCACUCACCAAAAAAUAAGCCAUAGCAACAGUAUGCAUGGCAGAAGAGCAAAAACUACCCAGGAUGUUAAUACAGGUGAAGGGAGUGAAUUUGCUGACAGCGGGAUUGAGGGUGCAACUACUGACACAGACCUUCUUUCCAGACGUUCAAAUGCUACAAACUCUAGUUAUUCUCCAACAACCAGUCGGGCCUUUGCUGGCAGUGACAGUGGCAGCUCUUCUACAGGUGAUGGGGCUCGUCAGGGAGUCUAUGAGAAUUUCCGACGGGAGCUGGAGAUGAGCAGUACCAAUGAUAACGUGGAUGAAGCGGCUUCUGCCCUGAGUGAUGAACAGAGCAGUGGGACCUUAAGUUCCCCAGGACAGUCAGACAUUCUUCUUACUGCAGGCCAGGGAACUGUACGGAAAGCUGGAGCACUUGCAGUGAAAAAUUUUCUUGUCCACAAAAAAAACAAGAAAGUGGAGUUAGCAACACGAAGGAAAUGGAAGCAGUACUGGGUUUCCUUAAAAGGAUGUACAUUAUUCUUCUACGAGAGUGAUGGCAGGUCUGUAAUAGACCACAACAGCAUCCCAAAACAUGCAGUCUGGGUGGAAAAUAGCAUUGUGCAAGCAGUGCCUGAGCACCCAAAGAAAGACUAUGUUUUCUGCCUCAGCAAUUCUCUUGGAGAUGCAUUUCUGUUUCAGACCUCUAGCCAAACAGAACUUGAGAACUGGAUCACAGCAGUUCAUUCUGCUUGUGCAACAGCAGUAGCACGGCAGCACCACAAAGAGGAUACUGUCAAACUGUUGAAAACAGAGAUUAAAAAACUGGAGCAGAAAAUUGACAUGGAUGAGAAGAUGAAGAAAAUGGGGGAAAUGCAUUUCCUCAGCUUAUCCUCUGUCCGAGACUCCAAGAAGAAAAAAACCAUUCUUGAUCAGAUCUUUGUUUGGGAACAAAACCUGGAACAGUUCCAGAUGGAUCUCUUUCGAUAUCGGUGUUACUUAGCUAGCCUUCAAGGAGGGGAACUGCCAAAUCCAAAAACGUUGCUUGCAUUUGCAAGUCGGCCAACGAAAGAUGCAAUGGGUCGUCUUGGAAUCUUUUCAGUGUCUUCCUUUCAUGCACUGGUGGCAGCUCGCACGGGUGAAUCUGGUGUCAGGAGAAGAACUCAGGCUAUGUCGAGAUCAGCAAGCAAACGGAGAAGCCGGUUUUCAUCCCUCUGGGGUCUGGACACUACUUCAAAGAAAAAGCAAGGGAGACCAAGCAUUAAUCAGGUGUUUGGUGAAGGAGCUGAUUCUGUGAAGAAAUCUUUAGAAGGAAUAUUUGAUGAUACUAUACCAGAAAACAAGAGAGAGAAAGAAGUGACACUGACUGCUGUCCAUUCGCAUAAUCCUGACUCAGACAUCUGGGUGCAUGAAUACUUCACACCAUCCUGGUAUUGUCUACCAAAUAACCAAUCAGCUUUGACUGUAAUCCACCCUGGAGACACAACAAGGGAUAUCCUGGAAAUGAUUUGCAAGACUCAUCAGCUGGAUUGCUCUGCUCACUGUCUGCGUCUAAAGUUCCUGACAGGAAACCAAAUGCAAUUCUAUGUACCAAAGUCAGAUGAGGAUAUCUAUGAACUGUUAUAUAAAGAAAUUGAAAUCUGUGAGAAAGUCACACAACAAAUUCAUAUUGGAAAAUCUGACACAUUGUCAGAUAACUAUGGUUUUUCUCUGUGUUCUAUAGAAGAAGAAGGGAUUCGCCAGCUCUAUGUGAACAGUGUCAAAGAGUCAGGUCUGGCUUUCAAGAAAGGCCUGAAAGCUGGUGAUGAAAUUAUUGAAAUCAAUAAAAAAGCUGCUGAAGACCUGAAUUCAGCCAUGCUAAGAGAUGUUCUUGUUCAGCCUUCUCUGUGCCUUACAGUGAGGACUUGUCCUGAGUCAGAGCAAAAACUAACACAGCUACCACCACGCCGCACAGAUGGUUCUUUUGAUCUGACUGACAGUCCUUUGAGAUCUGUCAACAACAGUCAAGCAGGACACUUUCUCUGCAACGAUCAAGACAAUUGUGUUGAGACAACUUCAGAAGAGGCAGAAGUGCUUGUCUUGCAAUCCUCUGAUGAGGCUGAUAAAACAGGAAAGAGCACAGAACAAGUUGCUGCUUUUUGUCGCAGUCUUCAUGAGAUGAAUCCAUCCGACUUGAGUGUCAACCCUAAGGAAUUUACUGGCCCUCUGCAAGCCAUAAGACAACUAACUGAUGCAGAUAAACUACGCAAGGUUAUUUGUGAGCUCCUUGAAACAGAACGCACCUAUGUCAAGGACUUAAAUUGUUUAAUGGAGAGAUACCUGAAACCUCUACAAAAGGAAACUUUCCUCACUCAGGAAGAGCUUGACAUUCUUUUUGGAAAUCUGACUGAAAUGGUAGCAUUUCAAGUAGAAUUUCUGAAGACUCUUGAAGAUGGGGUGAGGUUGAUCCCUGACCUUGAAAAACUUGAAAAAGUCGACCAGUUUAAAAAAGUGUUGUUUUCCUUGGGUGGGUCUUUUCUCUACUAUGCUGAUCGUUUCAAGCUCUACAGUGCCUUCUGUGCCAGUCACACAAAGGUUCCAAAAGUCCUUGUGAAAGCCAAGACGGACACAGCAUUUAAGGCAUUCUUGGAUGCUCAGAAUCCUAGACAACAACACUCAUCGACAUUAGAGUCUUACCUCAUUAAACCUAUCCAGAGGAUAUUGAAAUACCCUCUUCUUCUGAAAGAACUCUAUGCCCUCACUGAUACAGAAAGUGAGGAACAUUAUCACCUUGAUGUGGCCAUUAAAACAAUGAACAAAGUUGCCAGUCAUAUCAAUGAAAUGCAGAAAAUCCAUGAAGAAUAUGGUGCUGUAUUUGAUCAACUUAUCGCAGAACAAACAGGAGACAAAAAAGAGGUUGCAGAUCUUUCUAUGGGAGACUUGCUUUUGCAUACCACAGUAAUCUGGCUUAAUCCUCCUACAUCUCUUGGGAAGUGGAAGAAGGUACCUGAAUUGGCAGCAUUUGUAUUCAAAACUGCUGUGGUUCUUGUGUAUAAAGAUGGCUCCAGACAGAAGAAGAAAUUGGGUGGAUCACAUAGGGCUUCAAUCUAUGAAGACUCAGACCCGUUUCGUUUCCGUCAUAUGAUACCUCUAGAAGCUCUGCAGGUUCGGGCACUGGCAAGUGCAGAUGCAGAGACUAGUUGUGUCUGUGAGAUAGUUCAUGUGAAAUCAGAGUCUGAAGGCAGGCCGGAGAGGUCAUUCCACCUUUGUUGCAGUUCACCAGAACAUAGGAAAGAUUUUCUGAAGACUGUACAUUCAGUUCUACGUGACAAACACAGAAGGCAACUCCUUAAAACUGAAAGCUUGCCCGCAUCCCAGCAGUAUGUUCCUUUUGGAGGAAAAAGAUUGAGUGCUCUAAAAGGUGCAAGGCCAGCUAUGAACAGGGCAGUGUCUGCUCCAAGCAAGUCCCUUGGGAGAAGGCGGCGGCGGCUAGCUCGGAACAGAUUUACCAUUGAUUCAGAUGCCAUCUUCGCUGACAGCCCUGAGAAAGAAUCUCAGCAGGCAUCCAACAGCAAAGACACAGACCGCUGGGUAGAAGAACAGUUUGACCUUGGUCAGUACGAGGAGCAAGAGGACAUAAAAGAAACAGAUAUUCUCAGUGAUGACGAUGAAUAUUGUGAACCUCUGAGAGGUACAAUGGUUGAAAAAGAACUUCAGGAGCAGUUGCAGGCAGCCUCCAUCACAAGCAACCAGUUGUACCGAGGAGACAAAGGGCGCUAUGCCAUGGGUUCUCAUGCUUCGAGAAUGGCUCAGUUAAAGAAACAAGCUGCUCUGUCUGGAAUUAAUGGUGGUAUGGAAGGCAGUGAAGAAAUCAUUUGGGUUCGUCGUGAAGAUUUUGUGCCACCCAGAAAACUGAACACUGAGCUUUAGAGCUAUGUUUUCCCUGUUAGAUGGUAGGCAUAGAUUUGCCCUUAACUCUCCUCUUACACAUUGUGGAGAAUGCUCCUUUAGAAUGCACACUUGCACAUACAGUUAUGGCAGCUAAAUUGGUUCAAACCACACAACCUCUUUUUUUUCUCUUUAAGGUAACAUAUAGUAAAGGGGGGGGAGCAAACAAAAUUUUGAAAUUGAAUGAGCUUGAGUCCUUCUCUGUACAUUACCAAGGGCUUUAUUUAUUCUAAACUUAUCAGGGGUAGUAUAUUGAAAUGGGAUGCAUAGCUAUUACUAGAAAACAUAUUGCUGUGGGUUUUUAAGAAAAUAUGUGCAGCAAGUUAGCAUAAGUGAUAGCACAAACAGCAAAUGACUUUUAUAUGUGACAUGUCAAUCAUGAGUUCAUCUCUUUAAACAAGGAAGCUGCCUUUUUAGACUCCAUAGCUGCAGGAUUCUUAAUCUUUUUUUUAAUCUUAAGGUUCAGAGAUUCUUACUCCAGCAAGAGUGAUACGUGUACAGAAAGAGGCUUCUGUGCAUGGACCGUCCUUCUUGAUGGAGCCCCAUAAGUAGAAUUGUUGGAAACCCAUUGCAUCCAACUUCGAGAGGCACAUAUGGGGUGUUCCUGCAGUGUAUGUGCAUUGCUGAACAGAUGUGUGAUGCUGUCAGCUCCAGCUGUGAUCCAGCCACUUGUUAGGGAGGGCCUUGAAUCAGGCUCCCCUUUUCUUUUCCUUCAACCAAUAUUCAAUACUGAAAGUGCUACACAUCUGCUUGGCACAAAGCUUACUGGCACAAGGGAGGAUUUCUGGAUCUAGUGACAUUAUGUAUAUUUUAGGAAUAUGUGAGGAAAAACUUGGAAUUUUAUGUUGUGUUGGGGUUUUUUGUCCGUGACUAGUCUAACUUAAUGUCAAUAUUGGAAGUUCUAGUUUUACAUAAAUUAUAACAAUGCCAAACUCUUUUAUUUUAAAAAAGAGAUCGAAAUUGAACACUUGAAAAAGAUAUUUUUCUGUAUUUUACCUGAAAUACAAGGGCACAAAGGGAUGGGAAUUUUACAGUGUUAGUUUUGUUCCAGGUCUAGGAUGUAAGGCUGCCCUUUUAGAAUGGGUUGAGUAUGUUUGUUUUAUAGUCAAAUUCUGAAUUAGAAACACUUAUGGAUAACCUUUGCUUAAAAAAAAAAUGAACAGUUGUAUAUGUUUGAAACUGGAAUUGAUUUAACAAUAUCAAUGUAUAGCGGAGAAACCAAGUAGGUUAAAUAAAUCUCUGUUGUAAUUCUGUUGGAAUUAACAGGGUUACAUCUAGGAUGAGUUUGAUCCUCUGUGUUUGAAGUUAGAGCUCAGGAAAAAUGGAUUAUUUUAUGGCCAAAAAAACUGACCUCAUGGUACUUUCUUCUCCUAUGUGAAAUUAGUAUCCUUUUACUUUCUUACUAGAUUUUCCCCCCACUGCAAUAUGCUAUGAACAGUGUUCUAAACAAACAAACCUCUUUACGGUUUUAAACCUUUUAUUUAAACAUCUACAACAGGGUAAAAUGUGACUAAACUCUGAUGUUCUAUAGGUUCCCAAAUAAUUUUGAAAAAGCACUUUUUUAUUUGAAACUAUUUAUAUAGUUUCCCCGUUUUAAUUUUGACCUACACAAAAGGGGAGGGGUUUUUGGGGGGGAGGGGAAUCACUUUUUGUAUCUACUGAUGUUUGACACAUUAGUAGGUAUGUUGAAAACCUAAAAUUUUAUAAUAGCUUUAGGGAUUAUAUUUUAUACAAUCAGCUGUGACUAUAUUUUGAGAUGUGAGCAGAAAAUGUUACUCAGCAACAUCAGCUGUCUGAUGGCCCAGCCAACGUUGGACUCCCUAACCGUCUGGUUCUCUGUGCACUACUCUAGUGUUUUGAAAGUUUUAUUCUCUGAACUUUUGCUAUAUUUUCAUUGUUUUCUUAAAAAGCUUUAGUGAGAUUUCUACACCCUAUGUAUCUAAUUAUAUUUAAACUCAAGUCAGUUGUGUACCAACUUAUUAGACAUAACAAAGUUUUAGCUGUCCCCAGUGGAAUACAGUGAGCCUGUGAAAUGCUGGACGUCCUGUGCUUGGAGGGUGCCAUUGUUCUUGUACAUAAUGUCAUGACCUGUCAAUGUCAAAGGUUCUUAUAUAUUUCUUUUAUAAGCUAAAAGAAGGUCUAUUUUUAUGUUUUUAGGUAUAUGAAUGGAACGUUGUAAAUGCCUGUCAAAUAAAAUAAGACCAAAAACCA